CAAGGCGCCAUGUUUUCAGUCACUGUUUUGUUUUGUGCUUAAUAUAAAUCGAUUAAUCUCGGUAAAUCUCUUCAGUCAGUUUGAUUAGUUUUCAGGAUGGCGAGAGGGAGGAACGCCCGGGGAACGACAGGAGCGGCGACGAAGAUCAGCGGAAGUAACAACGGAACCAGCGGUGGCGAUGGAGGAGGACCCACGGGGACAGGACGAGGGACUGGAGGAGGAGGACGAGGUCGCGCAGGAGACGACGAGACGAGUACACCAAGGACGACACCCACGCGGCAGCAACAGGUUACCAGCGGCCGGGCCAGAGUGACAGCCGAUGACUCUGCCGUGUCAGGGUCACCCCGAGCGGCGUCAGCUGGUGUCUGGCCCCGCGAGCACCUAGACCACAGCUCCAGGAAUAACGCACCUGGCACUGGACCCGUUCCUCGGCCCCCUGCCCUGGUGGUCCCCCCUCCCCCCUCGCGCCAGAGAUCGAAUGCCGUCAUGACAUCGGGAAUGGAGAGAAAGCUGAAUGCUGGAAAGACGGGGAAGGCGGGGAGAGGGAGCGGUAGGGGGCGGCCCAGGAAAAGGGAGGGGGACGAGAGACAGCAGGAAGGGCAGAGAGGGGAGGCAGUGGAGAGGGAAGGAGAGGGUCAGGGAGAGAGGGAGAUUAGUCAGGCCAGGGAGAGUACUACGAGGGUCACCAGGCGGACCUCCUCCUCAGCGGAGCCGGCCAACAGAGCUCAGUCGAGCUUUCCGAACAGAGAGAGUCCGGAAAAAAGCGAGGCACCUGUACAAAACAUCAUUGACACUAAUCAUGGUUCAGACACACCCAAGAAAUCGAGCGGUACUAAAAAAGGAAAGAGCAAAAGAGAGAAAACCAAAAAGGCUAAAGAGAGAACUAGGCGAAAUUCCCAGGCGAGCGCGCCGAAGGACAGAGAUCCUUCCAGAAGCGGCAGCAACCCCCCCUCGCGCUCGCCGGCCCGCGAACCCCCGGAUAAAGUCGAGCGGGAGCAAGCCAGCCCCGAGUCAGACUCUGUCAGCAACGACGACGACGACGAGGACAAGGAGCGCGGCGGAGGCGCCACGGACUCGCUCACCGAGCAGGGAAACGACACUGCGGAAGUGCCGGAAGGUGGUCCGGCCGAGCCGUUAACGGAGGACAAAGCUGACGCCGCCACUGCCACUUCUUCCACCAGCUCUUCCACCACCACCAGUACCACCACCACUCCCACUAAGAAAUCGUUAUCGGAUCCUCCUAAAGAUGAGCUCGCCGAGGCCUCCCGCGAAGGCCCUUCUUCGCUUAAGGACGCGAAAUCUCUAAAGGACUCGGAGCGGCUGCAGAAGGAACUUUCCGACGCCAGUCAAUAUCCACGAGACGCCCUCCUUUCUCGCUGGAUCGAGGCGAGGGCGGGGAGGUUCGGCGCCGCCCCAGCGUCGACCUCUAGCGCUCAGUCCCGUCCCUUCCUGACGCACAAACUCAAGCCUUCUCCCUUCCAGAAUCUCAUGGCAGCACAGGAGCUCCUGAAGACGCAGAAAGACAGUGAACGCGUGGCGGGGAAGGUCACGACAGAGACCUCUAGUGACUCCAACGAUUCAUCAUGCACGCCUGAAGGAGGUGGCCCAGAAGAUGAGGAAGAAAGAGAAGUGCGGGAAGGAGGAGAAGAAGUAGAAAGUGCUGGAAGAGGCAAAUCAACUGAAAAUGUAAAGCGUUCAAGCAGUAGGACGGGCAUGCCGGACCCAGCGUGUGAGGACGAGGGUCCGCAGGACUUGUCUAAACCCCGAGGAACUCCCACAAGCCAGACCAGCGACGACGGCUCGGAGAUCUCCGACGACGCCAACAAGACCGUCGGGUCGAACGACUGCUUCGCCGAUGACGACGACGAUGAUGACGACGACGACACCAGCAACGAGAUGCGCAUCGUUGAAGACGAGAGCGAGCUGCGCGAGCUGGACCUCUCUCUACCCAGCAAGCACAGGUCGGAGGGAAGUAUGAAGGACCUGCAGACCAAGAAUGAAGUGAAGAGCUUCGAUUUUUCGGUGCUUAAGUCGCCCAGAGCGAAGGAAUCGAAAGGUUCUUCAAAGGCCUCAUUAAGUCUGGAUGACCAAAAUGCCGCCGCCUGUCUGCUACAACUCAAGUCUUCCUCUACUCCACAAUCUCCAUAUGUUGUGAAAAUCCUCUCGCCUGAACCCGCCCACCAAUCCGGCUCCUCCACGCUCUCUGCCCAGCCUAUGAGGACGCCCUUCGCCACCAGAGCCCCGCCCCUCGAGGCUGCUCAGCCAAUCAUUCCGUCGCUUGGAUUGGGUGAGAGUCGGUUGGUCACUGUUAGUUCAAGGGGCAUGGCCGAGGGGCGUGGUCUGAGGCCCGUAGUCCCCCCGGGCCCAGAACAGGAGAGCAGCAAAUGCCCAACGCCGGGAUGUAACGGCACAGGGCACGCGACCGGCCUCUACUCCCACCACCGCUCCCUGUCUGGCUGCCCGAGGAAGGACAAGGUCACGCCGGAGAUCCUCGCCGCGCACGAGACGAUCGUGAAGUGCCCUACCCCGGGGUGCUCCGGGCGAGGCCACGUCAAUCAGUCGAGACACUGCCACCGCUCCCUCUCCGGCUGCCCCGUCGCUGCCGCGUCCAAGCAGGCUGCUCGGCACGCCCGCCAACGCAUGGCCCUGCUCCAGCAGCCCCCUCACAUACCGCUACAGCAGACAGCCCCGACGUCCGAGCGCCUGCUGCGCCCCGUGUGCCUCGUAAAGCAACUGGACUUCUCUCAGCCGUCGCUCCCUCUGCUGCCAGGAGCCUCCGCGCCGCGCCCCGCCUCCCUCGCGUCGUCCUCCGCAGCAGCGUCUGCUCUCACCUCAUCAUCUUCGUCCUCCACUGCGUUGUCGUCCGCCACACUCCCGUGCUCGUUGUCCAGCGUCGCCUCAUCCAGCACAAGUGCAACCCUUGACCAGUCGGCGGCAGCAUCGUCAUCUUGCCAGUCUCCGCCAGUCGGCCCACCAGCGUCGUCUUCGUCGACUGUUCCCGCGUCGUCGUUGGUGCCAAAGGUCGAAGCUUCCAGUGCGUCUUCCACGUCAGCUGAAUCGUCGUGCUCGGGCGGCGCCUCUGGCUCGGCUGGCCCCCCCUCCCCGCAGGGGUUCGCGUCUUUGUGCUCGCCCGCUCCUGACGAGGACGCGAGCACGGGUAGGGGAACUCCCCCGACGCCGCCUCUUGCCCCGAGCCCUCCGUGCAUCAAGGCCGAAGGCAGCUCACCCUCGUGCUUCCCGCCAGGCGGCGCGGGCUCCCCCCCGGGCGCGUGUGGAGAGUCGGUCCUCGAGCGUGAGCACUUGAUGGAGACCGCCGCAGCGCCCACCGCCGCCGCACGCGACCAGCCCGCCCUCAGACCCCUGGACCCUCCUAAAGCUUGCAUGGAGGACGUGGCCGGGGGAGGCAGGCUGGCCCUCACCCCCACCAACAACAACAACACCACUACCGCGAACAACAACAACAGCAGCAACAGCGGCAGUGCGACCCUCACCACCACCACCUCCAGCAGAGCCAACAACAGCGCGAGAAGCGCCACGCAGAGCCCGCACAAGGGCCUGGGCUCCCUGGGCUCGUCCGUGAGCGUGAAGGCGUCCGAGGGCGCCGGAGGCCUCGGCUGCUUCGGCUACAAGGGAGAGGACGAGGCGGGCCUCAUCCGGCCGGCGACCAUCACGGAGGUGCGGGCCAGCGAGGCGCGCUUCGACCUGCCGCACUCGUACACGACGCUCGACCUGGACCGCCAGGCCGCCAUACCCGUCUCGCAGCCCCACAUGCCGCCCACGCCCACCACGUUCGACAGCACCUCCGUUGCUGGCGGAGGCUCUACGCCCGUGGGCUCCAUCACUCCGAUGACGCCCGGGCCGGGCCCCCUGGUGGGCACCAACGGGCCGCUGCUGCCCCACGGCCCCUUCGACUCCCUCAAGCCCCCCACCUCAGACUACCCCACCUCCACACACAACAGCUUCUUCAUGAACAAGGCGUGCGGGGCGGAGGUUAAGCUGAACGACACCACGCCGUGCUCCGUGGCCUGCAUGCCUCCUGCACCGCCGAACACUAUGUACCAAAGCCCCGGCUACCGCUACGACAGUUCCGCCAUCAACCUGAGCGUGAAGACGUCGGCGCUCGGACCCAACCCCAUGUCCCCGGCGAACGUGAUGGACCUGUCGGGCCCCAUGGGCACGGGGGGCCCUAUGGUUACGUCCCCACAGUACCCCGGCCCCGGCGUGUCCCCCUGCUACAGCGGGCCCCAGCUGGUGUCCCCGGGGAGCUCCCACGACUCCCAGCACACAAGCCAGACUCUGGACCUCUCGCUCGCCCGCCCGCCGGGAUCGCUCAGUCUGCCGGCCUACAGCGGUCCCACUAGCCCAGAGUACAGUCCGCCUUCGCGGCUUGGGACGGGCUACCCCGGCGGGGGCGCGCCCUUCCAGCAGCCUCCUAUUGACGAACAGACGGAGCCAGUGGACUUCUCCUCCCCUGCGGAACCCGUUAAUUUCAGUCUCGCACGCCCCUUGGAGUAUGGUGUCACGCCCGACUACGCCCGCGCGCCCACGGCCCCUGCUUGCCCGCCUCACGACAACGGCUAUGCAGCAACGCCCGACAGGACGCACGACUUCCGGAAUAUGAACGGCUACAACUCCAUGACAACUCGGCCUUACGACGUCACCACGGCCUAUAACACCGGCUAUAUGGGCUACCAGGGCUACCAGGGAGGCUACAUGGGGGCCGGGAGCUACGGUGCUACAAUGGGUGGGGACUAUAUGACCACCACCGCCUGCACCACGCCCUAUCAGCUUUCCCCGUCACGCUCUCAACCUCCGCCCACGCCCAUGCCUGAUAGCCACAGCGUGCGCGCGUAUACACGGAGCAGCAAUAGACGUGAUGGCAAAGAGUUAAUCCAGUGCCCGACGCCCGGCUGCGACGGAAUGGGCCACGUCACGGGGAACUACGCCACGCACCGCAGAAUUUUGUUAUAUUCAUUUAUGAUAGACUAUCAAUAUGGUCUGUCGUUAAGGCCAUACAGUGAGAAUUCAUAG